GUUGUCUGUUCCCUUUCAUUAAUCUCUGAUUUUCGUCACACUCAGUUGCAUGUCUUGCGCCUUUGACAGUGGUCCACUGUAUUGUUGUCGCAAACACAUUUCGUACAUGGCUUGUGGUGUGCAUGCUAUGCCACGGCAGGCUUGCAGCACAACCUUGGAAAGCAUGGACUGUAUGGCAUCUAAUACAAUGCUCAAUGAAGAUGUUCCUCCACCGGACCUGCCAAUGUGUUCACAAGAUGUUCGAAGUGGUCAGGAACGUGUCAACAAUACUCCGGAAUCUCCUGGUCAUAAGAGGUCACGGAUUAUUGCGUGUGCAGACACUACAUGUGAAAGAGCGUAUCCGGCCUUGCGCUGCCUGGUUCAAACCUCUGAUGCAGACAGUGCGGAAGGUGAGGAGGGUAAGGCCUCCUCUGUUGACAACAACACAUCUGAUGUAGACCGUGUUGUAUGGGUGCCGAGGAAUUCACUUCGAGAUUUCGAGUACACAAGUCUUCUGUUUGGUGAGAGUGAUGAAGAUGGUUCAGAUUCAAGUGCUUCUGUGUCGUCUAGCGUUGAUAGUUCUCUUGAUAAAAUCGGUCAUCCGCAAACGUACGCUAACCGCAACACUGAUGACGAUGAGAAUUGUGAUGUCAUCUCAGAUUUCGAUGACAUUUUCCUGAAACGUCUGUCCUCAGAGAAGCGUCCUUAUACGUCCGUUGUAUUGUCGAACRUGAUGGCGAUCAUGUUUGACACCAUGACGAUCGUGUUCGACACCUUGACGAUCGUGUUCGACACGAUAACGAUCGUGUUCGACACGAUGAUACUCGUGUUCGACACGAUGAUACUCGUGUUCGACAUGAUGACGGUUGUGUUCGACACGAUGACGAUCAUGUUCGACACGAAGACGAUCGUCGUGUUCGGCACAACGGCGGUCGUCUUCGAUACGACGACGAUCGUGUUCGGCACAACGGCGGUCGUGUUCGACACGAUGACAAUCAUGUUCGACACGACGACGAUCGUGUUCGACACGACGACCUAUGCAAGUAAAUGCCAUAACGAAAUGUCGAAGGAAAUUUGUUGAUGUAAUCAACUUGAAGAAACUAA